UCACAGCUAUAGUAUCUCGGCCGCGCGUGUUGUGUGUGCCUUUGCCAGCAAUGCCAGCGCGUUUGCGCGACAUCGAUAUCGAUCCGCGACACCUCGCGCAGUCUGUAUCUCUUCCGCUAAACAUCGUGUCGUGUCAGUGCCAGUUCGACGGCGGAUGUUCCUCGGAGGACCCGCCGCUUGCGCCUGUAAUAUGGAACAUUGUUCCACCGUUCUCGAUCGACGAAGAGAUCGGGGAACAACCGAGAGUUCUCAGAUAAGAAAGCGAUGCGCAGCCUCGCUCGCAAGCUACUAGUAUGGCCGACGUUGGUGCUGUCCCUCCUGGUAGCCGUUCGUCUGCUAUUCGGCCACGACUUUCGAUUGCCGACGACGACGCUCAUUUUUCGCGAUGACGGUGGUAUCUCGGCGUUGGACAGUAGCCAUACGACGUCGCAGCAGGACAUUGGUCCACCAGGACCGUCCGCCUACGCGGCGGGCAUGUACAUGGCGGGUCGGCAACCCCGCAAUGAAAGUGCCUGCAGGUGGUACCACGGCCUGCCGGACGUCCUCUCCUAUCCACCAUCCAAGCUCACCUGGAGCCCCGAAAUCGGCGAGAAGAGUCCCUACAGGGUUCUGCCGUUCGUGUUGCUUGGUGCCGUCGAAGCGACAGACAGUUUGCCCCAAGUCACGUUGUCCACACACGCUACCGCCGAUCAGGUUUACGGGAUCGUGGAGCUGGCCAGACGGUGGGAGGGACCGCUUAGCCUGGCGGUGUUCGCGCCAGGCCUCGACGCCGGCCUCGCCGUCGCUCAGCUUGAUCGAGCCUGUCGUUGCGAGCCUACCAUGUACAAGGUUUCCGUCCACCUGGUGUUUCCGGCCGGUCGACCGCCCGCCCUGGGCGCCAUCAGUCGCGUCCAGGGCGAUUGCGCCGCUUUCGAUCUCCAGUGGCGGCAGUCCGAGACCGAGAGGCGGAAGAGGAAAAUGACAUAUCCCAUCAAUGUCGCCCGGAACGUGGCGAGAACGGUCGCGAACACGUCCCGCGUGCUGGUGUCGGACAUCGAGCUGUUGCCGAGCGCGCGGAUGGCUUCCGGCAUCAUGGAGAUGGUGCACCAGAAACCGCCCAAGCUCGGCGUGGUCUUCGUUGUACCUGUAUUCGAGAUAGAGUCCAAUGAACCGCCGCCGGCGACGAAGCGCCAACUGCUCGUCGCCUGCCGAGCCGGCCUGGCGGUGUAUUUCCAUAGGUUUGUCUGUCCGCACUGCCAGCGAUUUCCCGGUCUGACCAGGUGGAUGAUCAGACCGGAUCCGGGUAGGAUCCGACCGCUUUUCGUCACCAAAAGGGAAUAUCCGCAUCAUAGGUGGGAGCCGGUCUUUAUCGGCACGCGUGACGACCCACUCUAUACCGAGGAGAUGUCCUGGGAGGGCAAGCAGGACAAGAUGGCCCAGAUGUUCGAGAUGUGUCUUUUAAAUUAUCGCCUGAUCGUGCUCGAUGGUGCCUUUUUAGUGCAUACUCCAGGAAUCAAGCGAAAAGCGCGCAAGAUCAACAUAGCCACGCAGGAGUUCUUCCGGCCGCACGAGAGGAGGAAUGCGAACAUUUACCAACGCGUGAUAAAGCAUCUAAUCAAGCGAUAUCCGGUCAAUCGUAAAUGCGCGCAUUGAGACUUUCGAAAUCCCGUGAGCUUAUCUAGGAGAAAAAAAAAAAGAGAGAAAGAUAUAAGGUUUGUUCGCGUCGCAUACUCCAAUAUACAUGGCACCAGAGACACUUGGAUCACGGAUAAAGGGUGGCGAUUGGAGCAGAUGAGUUUUUGGAGUGCGUUGGAGCAUGGUGGGGCGUGCGACGCGAACAAACCUAUAGAGAAAGGGCUGCUUUCGACACGCACACGGUGCCUGAUAUCCAGUAGAAAAAUAUUUUUCGGUAAUGUCGAAUUUUACAUUAGACUUAACAAUUAGGAGAGGCUGAUGCGAGUUUGCACCGAUCGCUUUUUCAACGCAAAAAUUAACUUUUUUUACUAAGAGAAAAUAAAGAGAAAAUUUUUUUUUUACCAAGA